UAUUUGACUGAAUCCGUAUCCCAUGAGGGCGUGCUCUAACGUAAACGCAAAUUUAGUCGGUUCGAGAAAAUGGCAGGAACCGUGCGACCAAGUGUAAAAAUAGGGGCUGGUGCAGUAGUGUGCGUGGAGGCUGAACUCCGUGGUGAUAUUACGAUUGGUGCCAGGACCGUGGUGCAUCCUAAGGCACGGAUCAUCGCCGAGGGAGGACCCAUUGUGAUUGGAGAGAGUAACCUGAUUGAGGAACAGGUGGUCAUCAUCAACAGGCAAACUGAGGGCUCGCCAACAAAGGAGGGCGGACAGAAGAUGGUGAUUGGGGCUAACAAUGUCUUUGAAGUUGGUAGCUGCUGCGAAGCACUUCGUGUCGGCGACAACAAUGUUAUUGAAGCAAAAGCUGUGGUAGGACGCGAUAUCGAGCUCAGCAACGGCUGCGUGAUUGGCGCGUUCUGUCCGAUCACAAGCAGUGAGACCUUGCCAGAGAACACCGUCAUUUACGGUGAGAAGUGCGUGCGGAGGGUGCAGGCCGAGAGGCCGCAGGCACAGACUCUCCAACUUGACUUCCUGAUGAAAAUCUUGCCAAACUACCAUCAUCUGAAGAAGUCGACUCGGCCUAAAAACCCAGAGAAAUGAACGACCGCGCGUGGGACCUUCGAGUUGUGGAGGGGGAGAGUCUCGAGAGGGACACAAAUAUUCAAGGUGGACCAUUCCUUCAAUUUGUUCAUGUUGUUAUUUAUUUUGGUUUUGGAGUUCUUUCAAAGCAUUUUGAGCAUUUCCCACUUUUUGUUGUUUUGGAAAUGCUCUGCUGUUAAUAUGCAUGUCAGCAACCUCUGUGAAGUACUUUGUUAUUUUCUCCUGUGUCCCUGGAGCGAAGGGUAAUGUUUGAUAAUUGGGAUAAUACGCGGAUGUAAUGCUCGGAAAGCUGAAUUGACCUGCAUUUUCUACGUCAUACAUGUACGUCUCUUAUGGACAGCUGCCUGCUUUUCAUGUGAUACGAUUCCUUCGCUUGACGUUCGGAAAUUUUCGUUCAACUGAAACGUGGAAUGUUCUUCAACCCGAACUGAACUUUGCAACUGGAACUUGCAUCUAACAUCUGACAUGUUGCUUGCCAAAGAGAUUCACCCAGAAAUCUCAAAAAGCAAUGAAAUAGUUCUAGCGAUUGAAAGUUUUUUUCCUAACCCUAUUCAAUGCAACAGAAGGUGACAAUGGUACAAUAGUUGUUGCAUCUUGUUGCAUUUAGCAGGGUAACUGCACAUAGUACCAUGGCAGAUACAACAGAAUCCACACUUUUGCAGUUUGUUGCAUUUAGCAGGGUAACUGCGUAGUGCUAAGGCUGGUGUAUACCGAGUUCACUGCACAAUGCAACAGAAUCCACUGUUGCAGUUUGUUGCAUUUGGCAGGGCGUUCAUCUCAGCUGUGUUGCAUUCUGUUGCAUUUAGCAGGGUGCCUAGAGAAAACGUGAUGGGGCUUAACUGAAAGGUACUCAGGCUUUGGUAUGGACAGAGUUGAUCUACAAACUGUUACUGUGGUAUCAGUCUUUUUUUUAAAGUAAAAUAGAAUCAACUGAAUGUACAUAUCGCAUUUGUGAUGAUACAUACGAUGGUUCAUGAAGCAUUGAUAUUAAGUUUUGGAGAGCUGCAGCGAAUUUGAGGUCAUUCAGAGAAAAAAGUCAUCGAAUGUCCAAUAACGACCGUCUGAACUCAUCUGCAACAUUAUAGGAUGAUGGACAGCCACAUUGGCAAGGGUAUACAUGUACGUAGUUCAUAGUAACAUCACACCGCACUGGCUCGGCCUGUGUUACAAGCAACGUAGAUUGCUGUCAGAUUGUAUAACGCGAGUAAUUUACUUGAGAAAAUUGUCUGGGUAUUUUCUUACUGUGUCGCGGUGAGUCAGAAUGACAUCCGGCCUGAGGCCUGAGGGUUGCUAAUUAUCAGAAGAAACUUGUAAAAAAAAAUUCUCCCGAUGAUACCCAAAAAAAAUCUAAGAUUUGUGAUCUGCUGAGACAUUAUGAGUCUAGCUAUGUUUUUUAUGGGGCGCCAAAUUGUUGAUUCCGAACGAUUUGCAGCUUCAAUGUCACUUUGGGUGUUGCAGUGGGUAUAUUUAUUUGAAGAAAAAAUUGGAAUUUGUUUUAAGAUGUUCAAGAAUCUAGGUAAGAAUCUUCGGCUUUCAGAAGUACUUUUAAUCAGGUAUAAACUUUAAAAGUGUCAUUGCUGAACUGUUCCAAAAUACAUGUAUUUGGAAUUUGUUUGUUGCAAGUUUUGGUCAUUAUUUUUUUAAAUUUAUUUUAUUUUCAGUAGUUUUAUGUCAAUCUGUUGGGGUAGUGACAUCGUACAUGUAAAUACCAAAUUCUAUGAAUAUUCAUUCCUGCGCGGUUACAAUAUUGGUACAUGUAUUUGAUGGGGUAUUUUGGGAAUGCAUACUUUGGUAAUGCAUGUGUGUACAUUGCAGCGAAACUGUACUAAACAUUCGGAUACUCUUAAAGUUGCGUCCCGUGUUCUUCAACAAAAUUCGGUUUAUUCCAUUAAUUUUCAACUUGUAUGUUUUAUUCCAAUCAAUAAACCUCAUUCCCCCCCCCCCUUUUUUUGGACGUCUGCAAACCUCUGAAACAAGGGUUUUUGUUUUGGGCACAAAUAAAUCCGCUAUGCAAGCAGACUGGCCCCCAGUCCCUACAUUAUCGCUAUUGACCAUUGGGCAGGAACCAGCCUACCCGUGAAAACAGGAAUCAUAGUCUGGCAGCCAAUAACUCAAAAUUGUAAGGAUUAUUCACCAACUAAACGCGGGCCGAUUUUUUUUACCGUCAAAGUCUCAUGCAAAAGUGAAUCAUUUCUGAAUCGCUGGAAAAACAGCGAUUUAAAAAAGGGAAUCAAUUUUUCGGGAUGAAACUCGAAAAAUUGCACGGGGAAUGCAACUUUAAGUGCAUGCGAGUGUGGAAGCAUCCCGGUCCCGGGCAGAAUAAUUCCAGUAAUUAUAACCUUGCAUUAGUCUGUACACGAGUAGCUUGAAGUCAGUCGAGUAGAUUUACGCUGCUACCCACUCCCUUAUCCCCUGAAGCUAUAAGGCUCCUUCCCGUAGUAUUUAUUUUGUAAUUAGUAUGUCAUACAACCCUUUCAAGGCAACAUUACAUGAUGGAGCAAAUAUUAAAACUCAGAAUCCGUUAGUAAUUUGA